UUGCUUUGGUGAAGGUAAGACAGUUUUCUCUCCCUUACUGAACCGCACCGGCUCAUCCAAAAUGGCUUCUGCUAGCUAGCAAGGCUGCAACAGUUCUGUGUAACAACAGCUCUCCGGAGCUAACGGUAGCACGUUAGCUUCGGGACCGGUGUUCUGUCGAAAUGUGCUGCUUUGCCGAAAACUGCUACGAUAGCUACAAUGUUAGAUGAUUUGCACUACAUAUUUGUGAUUUUAUUCUUGAACAGGGGUUUGUGGAGUUAAGUAUUAAAGCGAGCACAUUUUGACCCCGUAUUUUUCUGAGCUUAUUGCACUGUUUUAGCGAUGUGGACGUACCCGCGCCGGUUAGAAGCGCCCAGAAAAGUGGUUGUGCGCAUGCGUAGAGUCGUGAAUGAGCACUUCUCGCUAGGGAGCACCGUUUGACGGAACAUCAGCAGAUAGCCUAGCUCACUGAUGGCUCAGCUGAUUUACAUUCAAGUAGAAAAUGGCGUCGUCGCCUGGCUACUUAAACAAGUAUUUCUAAGAAAAUCAAAACCAGGCAUGCAUGUUUAGUGAAAUAUAGCAGUAUGAGUCUUUUACUGCUUGGUUUCCGGGCUGCAAUGACGCCCUUACUAGUCUUAAAUCCUUACGUGGAGUCCCAGAUAUGAUGGGAUGUGAUAGAAGCACAGUCGAGUGGAAACAUUAGCGGCUAACCACGCCGCCCUGCCCCAUUUUACUGCAUCACACAGCAUCGAUAAGGUUGAUUUGGAGCCUAACAUUCCCCCUAUUGUAUGUGUAAAAUGCAAACGCUAGCAGAGAAAGUGACACUUUGUGAAUGUGAGGGUCAAAUGUCUCUUUUCUCCUGGAGCACAGCAUCACAUUGACCCUUGUUGCACGUCUUAAUUUAAAGUGUACAUUGUGAUCAUGUUACUGACUCUUGUAUAAGCUUAGUUUUUGUUUGACAUCCCGGCUGAUUGAUUAGUUUACUCAUAGUACGUACAACCUGCUAGCUGUAGCACCUUUUGCUUUGUUAUAGCAAAGCACAGAUUUUUUGCAGCUCCAGAUUUGAUCAUAACGUGUGAAAACGAUCAUCAUCUCCAGGAAAUGCAGUUCCAGUGUUUGACAUUUGGUGUAUAUGAAUAGCUGGUGGUUUGCUCUUUCUUUAAUAGCCAGGCCCGUAACAAAGACCAGGCUGCAGACAUGUUUACCAAGCUUAGUCGGGCUAUCUGACAUUGGAUAACAAACAUCAUGGUGACCUGUUUCAUGUCCAUAUGAGAGCUUGUAAUGGAGCUUGAGUAUGUGUUGUUUUGCUCACUCACUAAUUGCCCUCCCCCCCUUUUCUCCUCCCCAGCACCGUUUUCCCCAUCCCCUCCUAUUAUUCUUAUUCUUUUGAGUAUUCUUCAUUGUCAAGCCGCCAAAGUGGAGAGUGUGAUUGCAGAAGGGGGUGCUUCUCGUUUCAGGUAAUAAACCCCAGUCAAUACAGGAAAUUCUGACUAUUAUUAUCAUUUUUCCAUGUUUAUCCCUCUGCUAGCAUUUUUUUUUGUGGGGCAGGGACUUCCGGCCCAAAGAACAAAGCAGGAUGUGGGAGGGCUCAAAAUGGCAGUGAGACAUUUCUCUUUGUGGAACCUUUUGCAAAAGGGGGAGGGGUAGACAUAAUAAGCCAUAAGAGGAUUUCUGCCCUGUUGGGUGAAUAGUGGUGAUGGCAGCAAACUCCAAGUAAACAGGACAUCCCUCAGUUUUGAAAUGUCAAAUAGAGGUUUUAGGGGAGUCUUUAGGGAAGCAGUUUAAAAGCGCAAAUUUUCACCGUUAUUGUAAUUUUCUAACAUAAGUUACCAAAAGAUGUCCCCAGCUUUCUCUAUUUAACUUAUUCCAGCUUCAAAUGUUGCAAACCUCAAAAUCUAAAGUCGAAAUUCUCCCAAGAAAGGAGUUAAAACUUAGUCAAACUUAAAACUAGGAUUCAUGCAAUACUGUACGCUUAAAAGUAGUUGAAAGUAGAGGCUCUUCACUGGACCUGAGACAAACACCAGAGCUCUAAAUGUCUGUGGUUAAACUAACAGCAGUCACUUCAUGUUCAAAAUGGCCUCAUACUCUGUCCUGAACUUUGAUGUCGAGAUGGACAUGAGUUGACAGAGAUGGAUUGGUUGUACAAAGCGAUGAAUUCAACCACCUUCUCUCGAAUCUCCUUUAGUCAUUUUCGCUCUCUUGAUGAUCGUUAUCCUUCCCUUUUCUAUCGAGUUCAGAUUGCAGGUUAAGUUUUUCAAUACUGUGUGAAAUUGGUGGUAUUGACCGCUCCCCCCUUGAAAUAUGAUCGUAUUGCAAGUGUAUGAAUCCUUGCGUAUGAAACUAUUUGAACGACAGAUGUAUUUGGUCAAAAACUACAGGCAUUUCUGCAUCUUAAGUUACUGAUCGUGAUGGUCGCUUAAAAACAUGUGGUGAUGUUUGUUUAUGAAGUUGUCGAGCAGGCGUUUCCACUUUAAAUUUUCUUUAGUUUUCUGAUUUCGGUUGUUUUUUUCAAACCUCAGUUAGACCGAGCUGGUAGCUCAAUCACGUCGACAAGUUUUCUGACUACGCUGUACUUUGUAAAUGCGUCUCAUUUGCAAGCGAAGGCUCCUGUAGCCCGGCGUCCUUCGUACAAACAAAGGUUGAACGAAGAAAUGAGCCGUGGGAUUUAUCUGGUCGCCUGUGAGGUAAAGAUACAGACUCAUUCAUCUUGUUGAGUGCUGCAUGCACUUAUGUCUUCUCCUCUCUGUGUUGUCUCAGUGCUUCUUCGGGGGGAGGAGGUGGUAGGGGUGCACCUCAGCACUAUCCCAAGACUGUCGGCAACAGGUUUGUCAUUUGCCUUUACUCUUAUUCUCUUAAAGUUAAUUGAUUUGAUUAUUAGUGCUAAAGUAGUUAUUUCCUACAGCAAGUAAGAAGUAAACUCUUGAGAUCAGAGCCACAUAUGUGAACGUACAGGAACAGAAGAUUAGUGUUUGCAACAGUCAGGAAAAACCCCUUUCAGAUGGAGCGAAUACUACAAUCGACGAUAAUCAUUUAGCAGUAAAUGACCUGUAUCUUUUCCUCACACUAGCUGGGGCCACGACUAAAAAAAGUAGCUGAUCUAAAUAACUUUAGGACUGCUGGGGCAUCUGUUUACUCAGAAAUCUUCAUGAUAUAUACAAAAAUAUCAGCCAAAAAUCAGACACUACCAAUCAAGGGAGCGGGGAUCGUUUUCAGUCGGAGAAUACACCUGGUUGUGCUCGAGUUGUUUUGCACGGGUGAAGUCCCUUCAAAAUAACGCUUUUGUAAACAGUUCUUCUUUUGUUUUUCUGUAUUUCUAAGGCAUCAGCUGGGUUUUUUUUUUUUCUUCUCUUUUGGGUCAUGAGAUUCUGUGGCGCUCAGUCUCGCUCUUUCUCUCUUAACUUUUCAGCGAGUUCCUGGGGAAAACCCCAGGGCAAAGCGUUCAGAGAUGGGUUCCUUCACGAAGCACUAGACGAGAUGUCAACUCCAGCAACGAAAAAGAGCGACACGAUGCAAUCUUCAGGAAAGUGAGGGGGUAAGGCUCGCCCUCCUCCACCACUUUGUGUUCACAUUCAUCCAGAAAUAGAGCGGAGAUAUUCAUCUUCUGUGGUUCAGAGUUUAUUGGUGCUCAGUUGUUUACAAAGCCCCUCUGUUUUGGAGUUAGACUGUUAAGCUGGCUAGCCCUCUCUUGGAAAUGCCAGAGCAGCUCUCCUGCAGAAAAAUGCCAGUCAAUGUUUGAACAAUAGUCUUAAAAUUUGGACCAGUGCCUUGGACAAAGGUUACAGGACUUGAGAGACCAGGUUGGACCAAAGACACAUGAGUUUUCUGUCAGAAAAUCUCCUUUUACAUGUCGGUUCAAAGCGAUUUUUAUCAUGGAUGCAUCUGGAGUUCAGGGAGCUCAACAGUUGUCCUGCAAGAUCAGACUGUGGUUUGUUGUUGUUGUUCAGGUGUUGUUGAUUUUAUGAGUUUGAUCUGGACCGGGAUCUGCAGUCAUUAAGGUGGCAUGUGUUUAGCUAAAGGCAGUGAAGUUUUGCUCCACUUUUAGUCAGAUGAUGUUCAAGUAAAAAACGAAGAAAUGGUCGUUUCUCUCAGGGAUGUUGGCAACACAAUAACUCGGCCAGUAGAAGAUGAAGUUAGUUAAUGCUGUGGACCUCUUUGACUCGUAGCAUGGGAUUUGUAAUUGCUUUAAAAAUCACUCUGAGCUGCAGCCUGUGCAGCUUCCUCAUCAUUUCCCGAUUCAUCAGCAGAAAUUAAGUUAAACCAAGUGGAUUUAUAAAUCACUCAUUCUCUCUUUGUUGCUUAGAGUCUGAAAGUGUUUGUCUUUCCUCAAGGAUGAACUCAGCGGGUUUUAUGGACUAAAAAAGGACACUUGGUUUGUUUGAUACUCCUGUCAGACAGAUUCAGGGACCCUGGUGAACAUUUGUUUGUAGCUGUCCUCGGACGGGUCUAGAGAGAGAGAGUGUUGCCUUCAGGGACAAAAUUUCAUACAGGCAUUAACAUGAUUUUAUGUUAAAGGGUUAUUCUGGGGCUAAAUUAAGUUAGGUUCAAACACACUGUAACACCGAGUAAGACACCCCCUCGAGAGAUGAACUUUGCCGACUGCUUAUUUCUUUAGUUCUUCCAAUUUCAGCAACGACCGCACGAUAGCAAUACACAGCGGUCUACGUCUCCACGCGCAAACUUCAACCAAAACGCCACUCUAUAACCACAAAUAAUCCUCAGAACAGCACCUAACUUCAUCAACAGGACAUAUAGAGUCCUAGGCAUCAAACAUCUUUUUAACUCUGUCUGGUUUCGUUAGCAAAGAGACUGAAGUUGGUAACAUUCAUCUCUCGAGGGGGUGUCUAACUUGGUCUUAUGGUGUGCUUGACCAUGGCUAAAACUUAUGCUGGAAUAUCCCUUUGAGGUAACUGGAUAAGCACAUAGAAAAAGUGUUUUUGCCUUAAAAUUCGAGCUCAGAGCUUCAGAUUUGUGUGAAUGUCCGCAGUAAACAAGAGAAAACUUCGAAAAUGCUGCAAGUUAAAAUUUCUGGUGUGUAGCUCUCAAAGAAAUGUGAAUUAUUUUAUAUUAUCUAAUAUUAUUAUCUAGGUGCUAAUGUUCACAGGGAUAUUUGUAAAAGCAGGCUGAUAGUACAGCUUUGCUCAUUCAGCCUAAAUACACUCUCAGAACUCUUCCUCUUCUUUAGGCUGCUGCUGUCUAAUGCAACUACACAAAGGCACCAAACACUUCUUUUCUGAGUGCAAAACUUGAUGACAUUUUCAGGGGUUUGGUGCAGGUGUGAACAGACAGAAAAGUCGGGCUGCUCCGGCUGAAUAAGGCGAGGAAAGCUGAGAAAAUGGUGGUUGAUUUGGGCUCUGCUGUGUGAAAAUAAGUAGGUUUGAUGUGCUGAAGAUGCUGUAAACAUGCUGAACAACAGGAAGACUUACUCUACUUUGUAGAUGACUCGACAGGUUUGCCCCAGUAUAAGAAACAUUUUUCUAGUCUUUAUUUGUUGAGGUUGUUUUCACAGUCGUCCACUUUGUCACACGCAGCAGCUCCUGGACGGGGAAACCCUCCUUAUCUCUGUGUAAGCUCUCCUGAUCCUGCAUCAUCAUACCCGACUUCCUUAUCUCACCGCCUCGCCCUUCCCUCUCUUGUUUUCUAUUUCUGCAGCAUACUCAACAAACUCACGCCUGAAAAGUUUGACAAGCUAUGCCUUGAGCUCCUGAACGUGGGCGUAGAUUCAAAACUCGUCCUUAAAGGAAUCAUCUUGCUGGUGAGUGUACAUUUGUUCCUCUUUUAAAUGGAAAAUGUAUUCAUGCAUUCUUGGCCCGGCUGCUCAGAGUGACUCAUACUCAUACACUCCACGUUUUAAUGACCUGAGUGGUCCCUCUCUCCCUCUCUCUCCUCCCUCCCUGUGGUUUAGAUUGUAGACAAAGCCCUAGAAGAGCCGAAGUAUAGCUCGCUCUAUGCUCAGCUAUGUCUGCGCUUGGCAGAGGACGCACCAAACUUUGAUGGCCCUUCAUCUGAGAUCCAAACAUCCCAAAAGCAGAGCACAGUAAGUGUAGCUCGGAAACACUGUCAAGCCCAGACUGUUUUUAUAUCCUGGUGCCACAGUGACGUCAUCCCUGAUAAAAACGUCAAGGUUUGCUUUAAAUAUAUCGAUGAUUUUGUCACUUUUAUACUGAUCUCCUGCAUCUCCUGCACUUUUUCGUCUUUGCUUUCGUAGACCUUCAGAAGACUGCUGAUUUCCAAACUUCAAGAUGAAUUUGAAAACCGCACCAGAAAUGUUGAAAGUAAGUCAGAGUUAGACUCUCCUGCUGGUCUGGUGUGUCUACGUGCGUCUUUGCUAUUUCCCAAACAGCCGCUCCGCCGUGUUAGUCAGCGGUGAGGUUUCUAUGGCGCUGUGGUCAGCUUGUUUUUCAUGCACUUCAAACAACGGCCACCCGGCAGAUCAAGUAGCAGCUGGUAAAUGUUGAAAACAGAUACUUAGACCGGAUCACAACAACAACAACACAGGAAAUAGAACAAAGGGAUAUCUGCCUCUCAGGUAGUAAUAGUAGGAAAGAGCAGACGAGAGCGAUCAUAGAAAGAGAGUGAAAGGAGAACAAUCCAGCUUCGAAACCUGUCAAAGCAAAUAUGGAGACACUUCUUCUCCAUUGUCCUCUAAAGAAGCCGGUGUUGAUUUCACACAUUCAGUGUUUUUUUUCUUCAUAAAGAAAACAGCAGACUGUGUCGGCUGUCUGAGUGCAGGCCUCCCUAAAGGACCAGGUUUAAUCUCAUAUUCAGGACAGCGCUGAGGUCAGACUACAUGAUAUGAUGGUCAGGGUGUCAGAUUAGGUGGACCAAUCGUCACAGUUGUUGGGAGGAGGAGGAGGGGCUUGACUGGACAUCAUUUUUUAUCACUUUUUCCCUUUUAUUUCCAGUCCGUUAGAGCAGUCGUUGAAGCUCACAGAGCCAACGUCAUCUUCCUCCUGUAGCUUUAACAUGUCUGACUCUGUGCUCUCAUUGGUCCACAUCACGAACACAGUUGAACGAAUCACAGGCGGCAAAGAGAGGCAUCCCUUGAUUAUUAAAAACACCACGGCACACUAAAGGUGUAAAACCUGAAGUUGUACUCUGUAGUCAAAUCACAUGUUUAGUAGUAGUCCAUCUUUUAGUCAGUCACCACUGUUGUGAUGUGUGUUCCUGUUCUAACUCCUGUCCCUCCUUUUCACUCCAGUCUAUGACAAGCAUGACAACCCUCUUACUUCUGAGGAGGAGGAGCAGCGUGCCAUUGCCAAGAUCAAGAUGCUUGGCAACAUUAAAUUCAUCGGGGAACUUGGCAAACUUGACCUCAUCCACGAAUCUAUCCUUCAUAAGUGCAUCAAAACAGUACGCUCGCCCUCUUUUCUAAGUGUUUGCAAAACGCACGUCCUCUGAAUUGUGAAAGUAGAGUAAAUGACAUGACCUCUCCCGCUUUCAAACUUUCGCCGUAGCUUCUGGAAAAGAAGAAGAGAGUCCAGCUCAAGGAUAUGGGGGAGGAUCUGGAGUGCCUCUGUCAGAUAAUGAGAACAGUGGGGCCGAGACUCGACCAUGAGAAAGCAAAGGUAACAGCUCCAGACUCUGUGUGGUUGUUUACUCAGGUUACGCUAACAGAAGCUCGGGCAUAACCUCUUUUUAUAGGUCAGCAAAUAAUUUCUGCCGUUUCAUGCAGAAGUAAAAUCUUUUAAAGGCUCUGGGAGGGAAAAUAAUCAGAGCGGUAAACACAGAUCAGGCAUUUUUCGUGCAGCCCAGACAGGGUUAACUAUGUCAUUUCAGGUCCUGGCUAAGCUCUUCAUCUGGCUGCACUGAAGCUCACCUAAAGCCCUACUUGGCCCUCAGCCAGAGCUAACACUAAACCUUCAGCUAUACUGUAGGUCCCAGGACUCUGCCUGUCCUCACUUCACCCCCUCAUGUCUCCCCUCCCCACUCUCUCUCUCUCCACAGUCUUUAAUGGAUCAGUACUUUGGCCGUAUGCGAUCCUUAAUGAACAACAAGGAGUUGCCUGCUAGGAUCCGCUUCCUGCUGCAAGACACAGUGGAACUGCGAGAAAACAACUGGGUCCCCCGCAAGGCUUUCAUCGACAACGGACCAAAGACGAUUAACCAGAUCCGUCAGGAUGCAGUGAAAGUGAGUCCAGCGAAAGGGCGGCGCUCGCUUGUCCAAACAGUGCCGGUGUCAAAGGGGGGCCCCAUGAAUCAUUGUUUCGAUAAUUCUCUGUCCGUUACAAAAAUCAGGGUCUGGCCAUCAUGAGCCAUUAAGAGCGGGUUGAAUCAGCAGGACGUUGUGUUGGAAACGUGGUCGGCACAGAGUGUGGUCUGGUUUUAUAACAAUCAUGAGGUUCAUAAUGAAGUGGAAAAUUAGUGGAAAAAUAAGUUGUAAAACAAUUGAUAUUUUCUGUGAUUGCACACCCACUCUCGGCCCAACAAGAAGUGAAAAGUCUUAAUUCCCGACUUAAUUCUGAUAUUGUGACUUUUGCUGCAUUUCAAGCAAAAAUACCAUUUGAUAGUUGGAGUUAAAAACCUGCGUUUUGUCGAGAUAGUUCCUGUUGGACCCAUUAAGAGACUGUGAAUCUGUAACUGAGAUUAAGAGCCUGUAUUGAUAUGGUCUGACAAAGGUGACAUUUGACUAGGGCUGGUCGAUAAACUGAAAAUUUAUCGAUACCAAAAUUUAUGACAAUAACCAACGUCAUUUUACCCAUGUUGCUAUAAUCGAUGUUGGUAUAACCGGUGCCAUUCUCUGCUCUUGGGGAGAAUGAAGUAAAUUUGAGGUCAUGAUAUAUCUCAAAUGGGGCACAGUCAAGGUGAAUUCCCUCAUGCAUGCAGACAGAGUGGAUUGAAGUGAACUGUUGUGAGGAAAUGUCCUCAUAAAGAUAGCUCUUCUAGGCUUAUACUAAACGUAUUUAAUGAAUCCAAAGAGAAUGAAAAUUACAGAAAACUUCUAUUUGAUUUUACACCCCUCAUCUCUUCUUCUUUCUGCUCCCGGCUUUUCUUUACUUAUUCAGUGAUCAGCUGAUCAUUUUGUGUAUGUCAGUUAUUGACACCAGCUGUGAUUUGUUUACUUUCCUGCAGGAUUUGGGGGUUUUCAUCCCAGCACCCAUGUCUCAGGGGAUGAGGAUGGACUUCUUCCUGGAAAGCCCCUUCAUGCCCAACAGAGUGAAGCUGGACAGGGAGACUCUCGGGGGUUUGGCCGAUAUGUUUGGACAGAUGCCAGGUAGGCGUCUGACAACAUUAUCACAUGACUCCCUUUGGUUAAAUCUGCUCUUACAUGACCUUUUGACCUGUGUCCUCUCAGGCAGUGGGAUCGGAACUGGCCCGGGGGUCAUUCAGGACAGGUACUCGCCCACUAUGGGACGCCAUCGCACCAACCCGCUCUUCAACGGCCACAGCGGCCACAUCGCCCCACCGCCACAGUCUCAGUUCGACAUGGGGCCAAAGUCUUUCGUCAAGUCCAACCAGGUAAUCCCGACGUGGGAGUUAAGCUAACGCCGAUUGAUGCGUUUCUGAGACACCUGAGUCCAGGAGUGUCAGAAAGUAAUCCCCCUGUCUCCUUAUGUGACUCCGACAGGUUCAGAAUCAACAUUUCCUCAACCAGAACCAGAACCACAUGGCCCAGCAGCAGGUCCAGGCCAAGGACAUGCCUCCACGAUUCAGCAAGAAAGGACAGCUCAAUGCAGACGAGGUAACUGGAACAAUCGGAGGCAUCAAAGCGUGAAGAGUGCAGACCUAAAGUCUUCAUGCCCAGUGAUUAUAAAAAGACGCGUUAUUCUGAGGAACAAAACCUGCUACCAGUUCUUUCUGUGAUCUCCUUCUCUGCUCUCCUCCUCCUACUUCUCCUCCUCUUCCUCUUCUUCCUCAAACCUGGUAGCAGGUCCGCUGACUGCGAUUAUGAGAGAUGAGGGCAUGAACUCGGCUCGAAUGUUGACUCUCUUUCCCAAAAGCACAUCAAUAACCUCUUUCUCUCUCUUCACGAUACUCUGGUCCCGCAGAUCAGCCUCAGACCUGCUCAGUCAUUCCUCCUCAACAAGAACCAGGUACCCAAGCUCCAGCCCCAGAUCCCCAACAUGAUGCCCCCUAGUGCCCAGCCCCCACGCACUCAAACCCCACCUCUGGGACAGGUAACAGACCCCCAAUCUCACAUUUUAUCCCGUCUCAAAGGACACAAACUAGAGCCUGACCCGAUUCAAACGUCGUCUCCUCUCUGUAAUAACCACGUGACCUUUGGCCUCAGCCUCCACAGCUUGGCCUGAAGACCAACCCUCCGCCUAUUCAAGAGAAACCACAGAAGACGAACAAGAAGCCCCCUCCUGCCAAGGAGGAACUGCUGAAAAUGACGGUAAGCAAAACAAAACUCAGACCCGUCCUCCUUAGCUCUGAGUCCAGAUCCAGAAACAUUUAGAGUCUAAACGGGGGCACAGUCACAGAGCGGGUUCGGCUCAUCUCUGUCUGCUCGAUUCUUGUCUCCAGGAGGCGAUCAUGACUGAGUACUUGAACAGCAAGAACCUGACUGAGGCUGUGUGCGGCGUGCGUGACAUGAGGGCUCCCAAGCACUUCCUGCCUGAGAUGCUGAGUAAGAUCAUUGUGUGUUCCCUGGACCGCCCCGACGAGGACAAAGAGCACGCCAGUACUCUGAUCCACACACUGCGCACCGAGGGCCUCAUCUCUGGAGAGAACUUCAUGCAGGUGAACACAUCAGAGCUGAUUCAGUGCUGCGUAAGAUCACAGGAUCUGCUCAUGAAGGGGGAACAUAAACCAAAUCUCUCCUCCUUGUUUUUCCUUCCACGCAGGCUUUCCUCAACGUCCUGGACCAGUGCCCUAAGAUCGAGCUGGACGUGCCCCUGGUGAAGUCGUACCUGGCCCAGUUUGCGGCUCGGGCCAUCAUCGCAGAGCUGGUGAGCGUGGCGGAGCUGGCUCACCCCCUGGAGAACGGCACCCACUUCCCCCUCUUCCUGCUCUGCCUGCAACAGAUGGCCAAGCUGAAGGACCGCGAGUGGCUGACAGACCUCUUCCAGCAGAGCAAAGUCAACAUGCAGAAGAUGCUCCCAGGUAGGACAGUCCUCUUUACGCUCCACCAGUCCAGCAGUGCAACCACUCGCUCUCUAAAAAUCCUCGUCCCUGAAUACUUGAUGCAGCCGUUCUGUUGCUCAGCACUCGGUGAAUAACUGCCUCUUUUCUUCUCGUCUUUUAGAAAUCGAUCAGAACAAAGACCGCAUGCUGGAGAUCCUGGAGGGGAAGGGCCUGAGCUUCCUGUUCCCGCUGCUGAAGCUGGAGAAGGAGCUGCUGAAGCAGAUUAAGGCAGACCCCUCUCCACAGUCCAUCUACAAGUGGAUUAAAGACAACAUUUCUCCCAAGCUCCACACAGACAAAGGCUUCGUCAACAUCCUCAUGACCAGGUACAAACACGGCUCAUACAGGAGGAGGAUACUACAAACACAAAAAUCACUCAGCUCUGUCGUCAAAGGUUCUUAUUAACCGUCAUCUUCUGGUCCUCCCAGUUUCCUCCAGUACAUCUCACAGGAGCUGUGCGUGGCGGAGAGCGACGAGCAGCUGGCCGCCCCCUCCAAAGAGCAGCUGGAGCAGGAGAAACAGCUGCUGCUGGCCUUCAAGCCCGUCAUGCAGAAGUUCCUGCACGACCAUACCGAGCUGCAGGUCAGCGCCCUGUACGCCCUACAGGUGCACUGCAACGCCAGCACCUUCCCCAAAGGUACGGCACGCAGAUUUGUAAACAUGAUGGAGUCACAUCACGAAACUCUUCAUGUCAUUCAUCGUUUCAUCAAUCCAAGAAAGUGUGGGAUGAUUGACAGACUCCUCUCCUGACCCCUCCUACUAGCCUGGCUCGGCCAUCCUGUCGCGUGAAUCACUUGUCGUUCCUUCCCACAACAGUCUGGACUUUGGCCCAUUGGGAGCGUGUAUUCCCGAUCAGAAAAUAACCGGGCCAAUCAGAGACCGUGUUUCCACCGUUACCCUGACAACAGGGAAAGGCAGCCCCUGAUUGGUCCAUGUGUAGAUGGUGACGUCAAAUUCAUGCUGCGGGACUUCUCGAAGCCCCGUUCAUUCAAAACGCCGUUAAUUCUGCAAUUGACUCUGCAGAGUCGGCAGAAAUCGUUUAUAUCCGACAUCUUCUGUGGAUAUAAGCGAUUUCUGCCGACUCUGCAAAGUCAACUGCAGAAUUUACGGCGUUCUGAAUGAACGGGCCUUUGAAAAGUCCCGCAGCAUGUGUUAGACGUCACCAUCUACACAUGGACCAAUCAGGGGCUGCCUUUCCCUGUUGUCCUGUUAACAGUGGAAACACAUUCUCUGAUUGGCCCGGUUAUUUUCUGAUCGGGAAUACACGUUCCCAAUGGGCCGAAGUCCAGAAUGUUGUGGGAAGGAACGACAAGUGAUUCACGCAACAGGAUGGCCCAGCCAGGCUACCCUCCUACAGAGUCUUGCACAGACUUCCUUAUCUGGUUCUCUACUGUCAAUGCAUCAUGCAACUGAUCUCUGAACCCACUGUUGUUAUUGGUCGAACACUUUUGCAUUGAUGUCGUGUAAGUUUAGUUUUAAAAUGAUUGAAAAGAAAAUGAUUCUGUAUAUCAGGAUAUCCGCAGGCUGAUGAGAGGCAGUAAGAGGUCGUCGAUUCAACUCAAGGAUCCUGGUAUAAACCCAGUCAGGGCUUGACACUAACUUUUUUCACGCCUCUGAUCAUGACUUUUUUCUUCUUUUUUUUCUCUUCACUUACACUGAUCCAGAUUAGUUCAUUCCACCUCUUCUGCAGCUCCAUCAUCACACGCUCAGAGACGGUUGUCAUAGUUUCCUGCGCACAAUUAACAAGAUCGUUGAGGAAGUGGGAACUGGCAAUAUAACAAACUUGAGAACUGCACUGCCAGUGAAGUGAUCACAAUGGUUUAGCUACCAAAUAUAGUCAACACAGAAGAAUAAACCAGGCGUCAAACCGCACUAACAGACUGAAUCAGACUCAUUGUGGUGCUUUUAGAGUAAGACUUCAAAGAGGUUUUGACAUGCAGUGAAUUUAGAUCAGUUUAUAAAGGCCUGUGGUGGAUUACAGGAACUUUUUUGUAACUCUUAACUUGGGCCUGACCGAUAUGGCUUUUUUGGGGCCGAUACCGAUUGUGUGUGUGUGUGUGGGGGGGUCCAAUUACCGAGCAAUCAUCCGAUUUUUAAUUAAGUUAUAAAAAAUAUGUAUAUUGUAGAUAUCUACAGUAAACUAUAUACUGUAGGCUACUGCUGUUCUCGCCGACAGGAAGACCGACUGAUCAAACUCGGACCAGAGAAGCGUUUUCAACUACUACCCCCUCUGCGCCUUAACUUACGUUACACUAGUCCGGUCUCAUCUGGAGACAUGCAGCUGCCUCAGUAAGACAAGUAGCUCGACCCCCGUGUUUACUGUUGUUUAUUCUACCGUUACUGGCACAGCUAACAGUGUAGCAAGGCUAAUAGCAGGUGGAUAAUUCGUAUGACAUGGUGAAGUGGGUUGAACUGAAACUUGUUGACUUAUCGUGUAUUUAACAAACUGGUUUAUUUCCCGAUGAGGUGGACCACUCUCCUCUGUGCGUCCCUGAGCUGCCUGCUUCAGCUCUGUCACUCUGCUGUGCUGUGAGGUAGUUAGUGGAUGAAGAUUAUCAUGAGGUCGCUGCGCCAUCUACAGGAUAAGUCGGGGAACUUUUCAAAUGGCGGAACAUUUUCAAAGUGAAACCGAAUCUUAUACUCCACAUUUUAUUUCUGAAAAUAUCAGCAACAAUUGGCGAGUUUUGGCCGAUUACCGAUUAGUCUCAAACGGGCUAAAUUUGGCCGAUUUAAUUGGCUCGCUGAUAAAUCAGUUGGGCCCUACUCUUAACACUUUUUUAUUUGCAGCAUCCAUUCAUGGUUUUUUAACCUCUUUCCGUUUAGGCAUGCUGCUGCGCUACUUUGUCAACUUCUACGACAUGGAGAUCAUUGAAGAAGAAGCCUUCCUUGCAUGGAAAGAAGACAUAACCCAAGAAUUCCCUGGAAAAGGAAAAGCUUUAUUCCAGGUACGGAUAUUUCCUAUUUUAUUAUCACCGUGUUAAAAUGCAAAUAUCAGAUCGAGCAGUUCGACUGACAUGAGGAAAUGUUCGUUUCCCUCAGGUCAACCAGUGGCUCACCUGGCUGGAGACUGCAGAGGAGGAGGAGUCUGAGGACGAAGCAGACUGA